AUGUGCUUUAGCAUCCAUCUUGACAUCUCCGUCGCGUCAUUCCCGAGGCGGAGUGGUGUGAGGGGGAGCGGUGUGAGAGGGAGUGGCGUGAGAGCGAGUGGUGCGAGCGUGAGCGGUGUGAGAAUGAAAGGUGUGAGAGUGAAUGGCGUGGGAGUGAGUGGUGUGAGAGUGAAUGGCGUGGGAGUGAGUGGUGUGAGAGUGAGCGUGGGGUGGGACGAGCUUGGCACAGCCCCUAGCACGUCUCACCCUGUCCCUCCUUGUAUUCUCUGUCCUUCCCCAUCCCCUACUGCAGAGAAGAAGCCAUCCGCAGGGGCGUAUCCGGUUAUGAAACUCAUGGGGCCAGACGGGGCCCUGCCGCACUACACCCGGGAAGAGCUUGACGUAGCUCCUACUACCACACCUCACCCUGUUAUUCCCCGUCUUCGUCCUUCCUCGUCCCUCAUGGCAGAGAAGAAGCCAUCCGCAGGGGCGUACCCCGUUAUGAAGCCCGUGGGGCCAGACAGACGGAAGAAGAAGCCAUCCGCAGGGGCGUAUCCGGUUAUGAAGCCUGUGGGGCCGGACGGUGCCCUGCCUCACUACACCCGGGAAGAGCUUACCGCUGCCACGAGCAAUUGGACGCAGAAAAUCGGCGAAGGGGGCUUCGGGACUGUUUAUAAAGGGUACCUGCGGAGUGACGGUAGUAGCCGCAUUGGUGGCAUUAGCAGCAGCAGCAGCAAUGGGAAGAGUGGCAGCAGUGGGAAUAGCGGGGGUGCUGGUGGUGGGGGAGAGGGUGGAGCAGGAGAGGGGGGAGAGGGAGGGGAAGUGCUGGUGCCAGUGGCUGUGAAGAUGUGCACGAGUGGGAUCAAGGACAGCGGCAGGGAGCAGCUCAUGACGGAGGUGAUGGUGAUGACGGCAGUGCAGCAUCCGUACAUCCUCAGGCUGCUGGGGGUGGCGACGCUGGGAGAGACUCUCGCCAUGGUGUCAGAAUUCGUGCCCCACGGGGAUGUUGACUUGCUGCUGGAGCGAGUGCGCAACAGGGAGGACUCGUUUGACUGGACGGCCAGGAUGGUGCUGGCGGAGCAAGUGGGGGAGGCGCUGGUGUUCAUCCACAGCAAGGGGUACAUCCAUCGGGACUUUAAAUCCGCAAAUGUGCUGCUGGGAGAGGGCAUGGUGCCCAAGGUGGCGGACUUUGGAAUGGCGCGGCUGGUAGAGGACUGGAAGACACAUGUCACGACGCGAGUGGGCGGCUCUCAGGGCUACAUCGACCCCAAUUACUUCUCCACUGGGUUUCUCACCAACCAUUGUGACACGUAUGCGUUCGGCAUCUUCCUUCUAGAGCUCAUGUCAGGCGAAUGUGCGGAGGAGAACGGCUUCAAGGCGAUCAGAGUGGCAGCAGAGGAGCGCCUAAUACCGCUAGAGAAGCUUAAGAGGGUGGUGAUGGAUAAAACCAUUGCCGGGCAAUGGUCCGAGGAGCAUGAAAAGCCCGCGGCGCCCCACCCGGACUUAAAGCCCCUGGGGGGGGACGGCGCGCCCCCCAUGUACACAAAAGCGGAGCUCAGCGCCGCUACCAACAACUUCAAGCACAAGCUCGGUGAAGGGGGGUUCGGAGCGGUGUACAAGGGGUACCUCAAGGUGGAGAGCGGUGCGGAGGCUGCAGAGUCGCUGGGCGUGGACCUGAGCGCGGUUUCUGAUGGGGAGAUCCCUGUGGCGGUCAAAAUGUGCGCUGCAAAGGUUCUGAGCGCAAGGGAACAGCUCAUGACAGAGAUGAUGGUGAUGGGGAAGCUGCGGCACCCCAACAUCCUGCGGCUGCUGGGCGCGUGCAUAUCAGACGACAGCAUGGCCAUGAUCUAUGAAUUCAUCCCCUGUGGGGACGUGCACGAGCUGCUGGAGGAUGCACGAGCGGGCAAGGAGGAGUUUAAGUACGAGGACCGGAUGAAAGUGGCCAUGGGGUGUGCUGAAGCCUUGGCGUUCAUUCACGGGCAGGAGUACGUUCACCGCGACUUCAAGGCUCCCAACGUGCUGCUGGCCGAGGGCCUGUCCCCCCGAGUAGCCGACUUUGGCCUUGCAAGGAUAGUGGAGAACUGGAAGGACCAUGUGACGACGAGAGUGAUGGGGUCACGCGGGUACAUUGACCCUGAAUACUUUGAGUCAGGCUACCUCAACGAGCACUGUGACACAUUUGCCUUUGGCAUCUUUCUCAUCGAGCUCGCCACGGGUCACUCAGUUCUCGAGGCCAAGUUCGACGAUGUGGUGAACGGUGCAGUGCGGUCGGACGAUGUGGAUCUGGGUGCGGUGAUGGACCCGCGAUUGCAAGGGCAGUGGAGCGAGGAGCAGGCGAAGACGCUGCUGGGAGUGGCGAAAGUAUGUAUUACGACGGAUUGGGACGACCGGCCUACCAUGGACAACGUGGUUGAAAUGAUGCAAGGGGUGAUGUGA